UUGCCAUAGCCAGGUAAAGCCUGAGCUUUUCCAAGAUCUUUUUCUAAAAUCUGUGGCUGUUGUUACCUCUGGUAGAAUCCCUUUCAGGAAGGGGUUUUUCUGCCUAGGGGGACAGCGGUGCUAUUCAUCACUGCUGGAGGCCUGAAUCCGGGGCUGGGGGCCCAUACGUGGAGAUGGGAGGGGCCAGGGGGCGGCCCCCUUGUGACCAGCCCUGAGGAGAGGUCAGAGAGAAGACUGGCAGAGGAGCGCCUGGACAGCAGCAGCAGCUGACUUUCUAGAUCAAGCGCCUUGGGGCCCCAGGCUUGGGAGUGAGCCGAUGGCCCACGUUCGAGAGGCGUCCCGGUCCUCCCGCUCCGUCGCCAGUUCGGGAGGCGGUCGAGGAGCCUGUUUGGAGCAGGCGGCUGAGAAAGCAGCGAGAAUGGACCAGACGAUGCGGGGUACACAGGGAGCCCAGGAGAUGAAGCCGGAGCCGUGGCCGGAGCCCAAGCCCACAUCGGAGAACUUAACAAGGAGGGGCAGUGGCAGCGAGGAUAAGGUGCUCCCUUCCAGCCAGGCUGCUUGUCACUCUAACGCCAGCUCGGUUUGCCCGCGCCGCAAGCCCCGCCCUCGGCCCCAGCCCAGGUCCCGCUCCAGGGGAGGGCGUGGGCUCAAGGCCCCACCCCCGCCUCCCGCCAAACCUCCGCCUCCCCCGCCAGCGCCGCCACCUCCACCCCCGCCCCCGCUGCGGUCGGUGGCCUGGCGUAAAUCCAGGCGUAGAUCCAGGCCUCUACACAGACCCCAAACACGAAAAAGCUGUUCUAGUGACCAAGGCUACUCUGGGGAUCCAGAUGUCGCAGAAAACACGUUACUGGAGGUUGGGUCUGAUAAGGGUCCCACAGGCUGCCCCCACGUAGAAAGCUUUAAAGUAGCUAAAAACUGGCGGAAGAACCUGCGAAUGAUCUACCAGCGUUUCAUUUGGAGUGGGACACCGGAAACUAGGAAGCGUAAGGCAAAGUCCUGCAUCUGUCAUGUAUGUAAUACCCAUAAGAACAGACUCCACUCUUGUCUCUCCUGUGUGUAUUUUGGAUGCUUUACUGAAAAGCAUAUCCAUAUACAUGCAGAAACAAAACAGCAUCAUUUAGCAGUUGACCUCUAUCAUGGAGUUAUAUAUUGCUUUAUGUGUAAGGAUUAUGUAUAUGACAAAGAUAUAGAACAGAUUGCCAAAGAAACAAAAGAGAAAAUUCUGGGACUAAUAACCUCCACUGCAGUAGAUGCUUCUUAUCAGCAGUGUACAUUGGAGGCUGAAGAAAAUCAGUCUACUUGUGAGUCAAAAGAACAGGAGACCACCCUGGUAAAACCCAAGAAAAAGAGGAGGAAAAAGACUGUGUAUUAUACUGUAGGCCUCCGAGGGCUAAUCAAUCUUGGCAACACUUGCUUUAUGAAUUGUAUUGUCCAGGCACUUACCCAUAUUCCGCUGUUGAAAGAUUUUUUCCUUUCUGACAAACACAAAUGUACAAUGACAAGCCCCAGUUUGUGUUUGGUCUGUGAAAUGAGUUCCCUUUUUCAAGCGAUGUACUCCGGGAACCAAAGUCCUCAUAUUCCCUAUAAAUUACUGCAUCUGAUAUGGAUUCAUGCAGAACACCUAGCCGGGUACAGACAGCAGGAUGCUCAUGAGUUUCUUAUUGCAAUAUUAGAUGUGCUGCAUAGACACAGCAGAGAUGAUAGCAUCGAGCAAGAAGGGAACCCCAACUGCUGUAACUGCAUCAUAGACCAAAUCUUUACAGGUGGCCUGCAGUCAGAUUUGACAUGUCAAGUCUGUCAUGGUGUCUCUACCACUAUAGACCCAUGCUGGGACAUCAGUUUGGAUUUGCCUGGCUCUUACACCCCAGAGAGAGCUAGUAGCACAGGGAGUAGAGAUGGCAAUAAAGCAGGAGGCCCCUCACUCACAGAUUGCCUACAGUGGUUUACAAGGCCAGAGGACCUGGGAAGCAGUGCCAAAAUCAAAUGCAGUCGAUGCCAAAGCUACCAGGAAUCUACCAAACAGCUCACAAUGAAGAAAUUGCCAAUUGUAGCCUGCUUUCAUCUGAAACGGUUUGAACAUUUAGGCAAACAGAGACGCAAGAUUAACACUUUUAUCUCAUUUCCUUUGGAGCUGGACAUGACACCCUUUCUGGCUUCUACUAAAGAAAGCAUCAUGAAAGGCCAACCAUUAACAGACUGUGUGCCCAGUGAGAAUAAGUAUUCUUUGUUUGCAGUGAUUAACCACCACGGAACUUUGGAAAGUGGCCAUUACACCAGCUUCAUACGUCAACAAAAGGACCAGUGGUUCAGCUGUGAUGAUGCCAUUGUCACCAAGGCUACAAUGGAAGAGCUGCUCUAUAGUGAAGGGUAUUUACUGUUCUAUCACAGGCAAGAUAUAGAGAAAGAAUAAUCUUACCCAGAAACGCUUUCCAGAAAAACAAAGAGCAAGGAUCCUGAAGCGUUACACAAGCCUACCUGGAAUGGACAAUUGCAAUGCCAUCACAACAACAACAACAAGCACCUCUUAAAGAAACACAAAAAUCUACCUGGAGUGAACAGUGACCAUAACACCUAUAUUACAAAUGACAUUUUGGCAUAAAGGAACUGUUUCAACCUGUUCCAUAGGUCUAUGGGAAGAAGACAUUGAACUAUCAGUGACCAUUUAGCCUUAAGAAUUUGGGGAAGGGGAGGAGAGGUCGAAAAGGGUCACAAAAAGCAAAUUAAAUGAAUGCUCAAGGUGGAAGGAGGUGCAGAUAAAUUCAAAUGACUUACUAUGUGCUUUUUAUUUCUUCUAAGAUAUUGUGUUAAGUGUGGGGGGUUAUCUUUUAGGAAAGGGGUUUUAAUUAUGUAGUUCUAGUUAUGAGUGCACAAAUAGUCUGAAAAACAACCAAAUAUUUUAAAAGAAAAACUUUAAAGCUUUAAAGGAAAAAUUGUUAAAAAAUACUUUUGAAAGUUUUAAGAGAACAUUUUAAAUGUCAAAUUUUUAAGUUAAGUAUUUUAGAAAAAAUAUUUUUAAAUGUUUUUAAUUUAAAAUUAUUCCAAAUUGUUAGUAUGUGAAAAUAGAGUAUUUAGAAAUUCUUACAAUUUAAGACGAAAUAUGAAAAUUUAUAUGGUAGUUA